GAGAAACAAGGGAAAGGAGGAGUGAGAAUAUUGAAAAAAGGUAUUCUUGCUAAAUUCCGGGGUUCCUAAAGGAUAAGAACCCAAAGAAGUGAGAAAUUUCUCGCGAUAUCUUAAAACGUCCGGCGUAAUAGGCCUCAGUCAGCCACCGCGCAGAAGUAGGAAAAGCUCGCGAGAUCUCUGCAGUUACUGGGGAGACUAGGAAGAGAAGUGAUCUCGCGAAAGAAAACAGGUUGGGAGCGCUCGCGAGAUCUCAGACCACCCGACCCAAAAGGUUGUUAGGAAGUCGAAGGGCCUGGAGGAGGCCCGGGGACAAAUGGCCGGCGCUGGACCAACCAUGCUGCUACGAGAGGAGAAUGGUUGUUGCAGCCGGCGUCAAAGCAGCUCCAGCGCCGGGGACUCAGAUGGGGAGCGCGAGGACUCGCCCUCUGCGCGCGCUAGGCAGCAGCUGGAGGCGCUGCUCAACAAGACUAUGCGCAUUCGCAUGACAGAUGGACGGACACUGGUCGGUUGUUUCCUCUGCACCGACCGCGACUGCAAUGUUAUCUUGGGCUCGGCGCAGGAGUUCCUCAAACCAUCGGAUUCCUUCUCUGCCGGGGAACCCCGUGUGCUGGGCCUGGCCAUGGUACCCGGACACCACAUCGUUUCUAUUGAGGUGCAAAGAGAGAGCCUGGUGGGGCCUCCCUAUCUCUGAGUACGAUCUCGGGCUUGCCCUUCAGACGUCAUUAAACCUGUAACCGAA